UGAAUGGUGUCAUCUGACCAACUUUCUAUCCAUUUUUCCUUCACAAUGUCUGUGCUUUCAGCUCAACCUUGAGGACCUCUUGGUUCCGGCAUGAGUGAUAAUCUGAUGGAGAAAGUUAGCACAUUGGGCGACUGUCUGAAGACUAGCGGGGCCGAAGUAGGCUGGAAGAUGAGUGCCGAUGUGAGCUCCACGAGCUUCAAGGUGAAGGAGCUAUUCCAAGGCCCCACCUGGGGGGAUAAGCUCGUCGAGGACGCUACCUCCAUGUUACUCGACAAGCCUGAUUGGGCUCUGAAUCUUCGAAUAUGCGAUGUGAUCAAUCACGAGAGGAUCGACUGUGUGGAAGUGAUCCGCGGCGUAAAGAAACACUUAAAAGGGACGAGCCCGAGGACCCAAUACUUAGCUUUGGCCUUGCUGGAGACUUGUGUCAAAAAUUGCGACAUGGCAUUCUGCGAGGUGGCUUCCGAGAGGGUUCUUGACGACAUGGUCAAGCUGAUUGAUGACCCGCAGACUAUCCUUAGAAACCGGAACAAAGCCCUGAUGUUGAUCGAAGCAUGGCGAGAGUCGUGCAGUGAACUCAGAUACCUGCCUGUUUAUCAAGACACAUACAAGAGCCUAAAGGCCAGGGGCAAUUGCUUUCCGGGUCGUGAUGAUGAAAGUUUGGCACCUAUUUUCACUCCACCCGCUUCAGCUUUGGAUUCAGAACCAGAGGUUACCCUUGCCCGACGGAUGCAACUCGAUAUGCACGUCCCUAUGCUCAACGCUGAGCAGACAAAGGAGGCGCUUGAGGUCGCAAAAAACAUUAUCGAGCUUCUCGCCACGGUUUUAUCCUCCUCGCCAAAACAAGAUGUUCUCCAGGACGAGCUGAUAACCACGCUGGUGGAGCAGUGUCAUGAAGCUCAACAGAAAGUGCAGAGAAUUGCGGAGACAGCCGGAGAUGACGAGGCUCUACUCUUGGAAGCCUCGACAGUGAACGACCAAGUCCAGAAAGUCUUGUCCAAGUAUGAAGAAGAGCUGCGGGAACCGGCCACAGCGGCUGCGGAGGAUACGCCGAGUCAGGCAACGGAGGAGGAAAACGGUGUGAUGGGAGAACCUCGGAGCUACGAAAGUGGUGGGAGGGAAAGGAGGCACGAGGACAUGACGGAGGACCUGGACGAGAUGAUAUUCGGUAAGAAAGGCGAACCAAAGCAAGACGACUUCAUUUCCUUGUGA